GUGUCUGAUUGAGCUCAACGAGUUAGAACCCCUGCAAUUGUCACGCGGGCGAACACAAGCAACCCAAGGCCUUAUUACAGUCCUCAGGCGACCUCUACAUCGACCUGAUCACAUUGGAUCUUGGACAGAUCAUGUCUGGCGCCGAGCUCACUCAGGCUGGUGAGACCUCAGCCGACACGACCCGGGGCCGCCGUGAAGGGCUCUCGACCUACCAGGAUCAGCUAUCGUCGCUUGCAUCGGAGCUGCAUGUGAACGGGGCGAUGUUACGUCAAUGCAAAGCAAGCUCUGAAACGAGGAUGGCUGUUUGUGCUGCGAGAAAGUCGGAGAAGGGCCGCCAGGUCGAGGAGAUGCGUGCGGGGUUGGAGGAGCUUAUCUCGGGACGCGAGGACGACGGGGCUCGUAGCGCGGUGCGGCAAUCCAGUACAGGCCCGACCUGGACAGAGGUCUUGCACCAAUUGCGCGAGAACCACGAGCACUUUGUCGAUUCGGUCAGGGUGCUCGCAGAAGAAUCUAGGCACUGGAGGGAGAGGGCCCAUGCAGAACUAUUGCAUGCGCUCCGAGAUAGGAGGUCCAAGUAGCGCAAGGUGCAUUUUCGGACUAACAAGGCAGAUGACGGCCCAGAUGGUCCACCGCCACGGGCCUACUUUGCUGAUCAGUGACGUAUAUUCGUGACAAGGAUAGCUGUCCCAGCAAAUGGCAUCAUUACUGUGCCCGCCCGGGUGCACGCGAGCACGGUGUGUGAGCUGGCCG